AUGGGCUACCCUACGCGCAUGGUCAUCGACUGGACCGACCACGUGUGGGUCGAAGUGUAUUCGCACAACCAAGAGAGAUGGGUGCACGCCGACCCCUGCGAGUCUGCAUACGACAAACCUUUGCUGUAUGAGGCCGGCUGGGGAAAGAAGCUGAGCUACGUGGUGGCCAUCUCCAAGGACGAGGCCAUCGACGUCAUCCACCGCUACACGCGCCAAUGGGACCAAGUCCUGUCGCGCAGAACGCUGGUGCCUGAGGACGUGUUUGCUCAGGUCGUGGACUGGUUAGACAGGCAACUCAGACAACGCGCGCAGUUGGACACCGCCGCAACAGCGGUACAUCACGCACGCACGCACGCACGCACAAUUCUGUUUUGGUUCGUCUCAUGCGGAUGUCUCAUGUUUAGGACUGGACGGGCAGAAGGGGCCCGUCUGAAUCACAGGAGCUCGCGAACAGUCAGCGGGAGCGCGAGGUGA